GGUAGAUUCGGGCGGUCUGAAAAAGUGUUGUGUAUCUUUUCUAAGCGGUCGUUGGAUGGAGGUGACUGAUGUGAUUCGAGCAGUCUGCGCUGUACAUGACGUCUCGACCUCGAAUCAGGACCGAAUCAAGUUCACACAGAUAAUCGAGGAGUUCAAAGAAGGUUCUCCACAAGCUGUGGCUGAAGUUGCUUUUCAGCUGAUCCCGAAUAGCGUCAAUAUACUGAGACAUACCGGAUGGACUUUACUAGAAGAUCUAAUACGCUAUAAAUGGAACAAUAUAGCAUCAGAAUAUCGCGUGGAACUGCGUAACGCCGUUUUUCGUGCGAUAGAAGCAUCGGUGAUGGAGGAUACUGUUGAACCAUGUGCUCGAUGCGUCGUCGCAAUGAUGGAGCAUGAGUGGCCUCAGAAUUGGCCUGAGUUGAAUGGUCAGCUGCGAGAGUUGUCUACACAAGGAUCUUUGCACUGUGCCAUCGUUUUUGCCAUUCUCCGACGGGUGGUUGAAAAUGUUGCUACUCUAGCCUCCGUUGCUAAUGCAAGGCGACGCAAGGACAUGCACAGCGCAAUCUGCGACACCGCUAGUGAGUUUGUUACUGUUGCGCUAGGUGUGCUCAAGGUAUAUCCAGUAGACUCUCUGGGAACUCUAGCAGCCAAGAAUAUUUUUGGUUGGUUGACGGAACUAUGCAGCUGCAUGACGUCCGUUUCCCUUGAGCAGCACCUGAUUCAGAUAGUGGAUACAGUAAUUCGAUAUCUGAGCACUGCUGAAAGGAACAUUUACGAACAAGCUGCGCAGUGCUUGGCUUCUAUUGCAACCCGUAAGAAGGACAAGCACGAUCAGUCGAUCACGAUUUCUGCAUUUUUUCGAGGCGAGGUGUUCUCUGCUAUUUUGACUACAAUAGGUCUUGCUGCUGAUGAGUCACAAUUUAGUGAACAGCACUAUAGAUAUCUAAAGUCUCUGUGUGAGGUGUUAGUCACUUUAGGAAACUUUCUCUCAAAGACGUGGAGCGAGAAGACUGCUCCACCUAACUUUGAGACAUUCUUGACGGCCAUAGUGGCCUUUUUCAACCAUGAUUCUUUGAUGUUGAGAUAUGAAGCAUGUGAUGUUCUAGUGGGUCUUUCCACUCACAAAGUUUUUCAACAAGAUCCCAGCUUUACACGAGCGAUACAAGAAGUUCUUUCGAACAUUUUGAAAGUGAUUAUGAAGGAUGGAUAUCCUUCGCAAGAUCCUCCGAAUGCUUCUGUUCGCUACUCUCAGAUGGACUUUGAUGAUGAUUUGGAAUGGCACAAUCUGUUCAUAAGAUUUCGUUCCCGUAUUCAGCUUCUCAUUUCGGAAAACCUAGCUUUGCAUUUCAAUCACUUGUUGACUGUUUAUGAGCAGACUGUGCUACAGAGAAUCAUCUUAGAACCUACAUCAAUCCGUGAACUUGAAUGGGAGGCAAUGCAAAGAUUUGCCAAAAAUUUGAUACAGGUUGCUUAUGAAAGAAACAUUGUGGAUGCGGAGAAGGAACGCCUGAACAGAAUGCGUGAUACAUUGGUGAAUAAGAUGCUGAAUAUCACCGACUGUGACAUCUUAAGCGAGAUGCUUUCGAUCCAUUCACCAUUUCUACCCAGCUAUGUGGAUGAUUAUGAGAGGUUAAAGACAUAUGUCUCACUUUUGCGGCGUGGUCUCCUAAUGUCCUCGGACAGCAAAACGUUGAGUCGACAUGCUGUAAGUCUGAUACUUCGGGCUGUGCAGACAUUUCCUGAAUACUUCAAGGAUCAUGUAGCUAGUAUGGUAUCUCUAUAUAGUGAGGUGGAGGAAGUCAUCUCGAAGAUGCAAAUGGCGCAGUUGCUACAAGUUCUUGCCGUAUUAUCUAACUAUAUUGAUGACGAACGCGUGAAAUUGGAGUUACUGCGUAUGGCGGCAGGUCCUACAAUAGAAUACCUUCACAGAAUCUCUUGGUCGUUUGAGGACGUAUCUGCAUUCGUCAAGUUUAAUGCCUUUGAUACCGCUCGUACAGUUGCUGCUGAUUCGUUGACAAUGAACAGGAUUGAGCUUCGUCGUGCUCUGACUUGUAUCCAAGGAGUUGUUCAACAGGUCAAUAGUUCCAGCCAACUUGGCACAAUGCUUAUCCCGAUCUAUCCAUGCUUUUUCAAAUUAACAAGGUGCUUGAUGGAACUCCAUCUAGAACAAAACAAAGCUUUGCUUCAUGAGUCAUUUCGCGACAGUCUGACAAAUAUGGUGGCAUCAGAGAGACAGCAGAUAUAUUGUUCUGUUGGUGAAAAUAUAGAAGUAAUUUCCACACGUCCUGCCGUGGUUGACAACGAUCCUGUUACAGUGGAACGUCAAUAUGUGCACGAUUUGAAUGAGCAGGCAGUCACUAUAAUUGCGGCUGCUGUGGGUAAAUUCCCUGAAAUCAUAUUCAAUCUACCGGUUAUGCCAGAGCUGCUGAAUUUCCUCAUCACAAACAUCGACCUCGUUCCUGUGUUCAGAUUACGUCACUGGAUAAAAAAGGGCUGGAAAUCUAUCUUGGGAUGCUGUCCUGCUGUGAACUAUCCGUUGUUGAAAGAUUUUUUCGUGCGCAUUGUUAGUUCAAUGCAGGGGAGACUGCAAACAAUGUGGGCCGACAUUUCUCACAUCGAUUACGAUUCUGAGCCAACCGAAGAAGAGCUGUUCAACGAACAUCUGACAUGUGUGAUAUCUAGAGAGUACAUGAAUUUUCUACGUUUCUGUUAUCUGCCAAGUGACUGCGAGGACAGAAAAGACCAUUCAUUAUCAUCUCUUGGAGAGUGGCUUUUUAUGAACAAGAUAGGAUUGUCUUCAGUGAUCAUGACGGCCUUCUCGUCGUUGACUCUCCGUGACUCCUUGCUAGCGUUGAAAUCUAUUGCACUGUGCAAAGCUUUGUCAGAGAAGUUGGUGGAGUGUUACGAUGAUGAAGUAGGAGUGUACAUGUUAGUAUGUGCAAUACGCUCGCUACAGUUACAUGGAGCUGAUGAAGUAGCUGGUACACCGCUGAUAGCCUUGGUGUUUCAUAUUUAUUGCGUUUUGCGUCGUUUUUCAAAUUCUCUACCGCAAGUCCUUAUGCAGGUUCCCGAAGUCACGCAGGAAGUUGUGGAAGCAUUUGAUAACAAGGUGCGAGCUAUGGUGGAGGGUGGUGAAGUUCUUCUGGAGAAACAGAAGAAGGAGAUGGCACGCAAGCUUCUAAAAGGCGUCAUUGCGCUCACUGUUGGGGAGCAGCACAAAAAGCCAGUUUAUCUUCGUCCAUUGCCGCCUAUUGAAAAAAGAAGACGAGUUGACAGCGAACCAGAGGAUUUCUCAGACAUUGCCUUGUUGUUUGCAGGAGGACAUGAAUAGCGUUUUCGCUACACGCAAAUCAAAGUAGAUGAUCUUUGUAGAAUCUUGAUGAUUUUUUAUUUCAAUGCGACGGGACUGUUUUUGCACAUCUUGGAAGGUUUUAUGCAGAUUUUACGGAGCUCCUUUUUAUGCCUGUUGAUUAUUCACUAUUUUCAAGAGUCGCUUACACCUCUGUGAUGAUAUGAGCGUUAUCCCUCUUUGCAAUCCAACUGUGUUAUCUUACCAUUCUAAUUUAGCCUUUAUACCCACCUGCACAUAAUUUUAACUCACUUUUGACCUUAAACUAUUCGCUUUAAUAAACUUUCAAACUUUUCUCUAUGCUUUACUGCCCGUUUGCGUUUUAACUGUUCUGUCUGUUUUAUCUUCCAGUCUGUUCCCAUCUUUGAUCGUUAUUUACUAUGCCCACAAACUUAUUUAUAAUUUAACGACUGUUUCCUCGUUAUCACAGUUCGCAUUAUCGGGUUUAUUGUAUAUCCUCUUGAAGGAUUCCAGAUGCGAAGUACUUGAUUUCUGAGAUUGUUGGGUUUUAUGUGGUCGCUCGAUUUUGGGUUAUAGAGUUUGUAGAGUUUGAAACGGAUAAAGUUU